UCUCUCUCUGACCUCCCUCUCUUUCUCUCUCUUCCCCUUUUCUUUCGGGGAGAGCUGAUAUCUCUGGCGGUUUGCCGCAUGGAAGUCGCCCAGGCAAGGCAGAAUAUCAUCUGUCUGAUCCGGACUCCUUCUCUCCAGUUGCCGACCACUGCACGAGCAGACACAACAUCACACUCACAUUUACUGGGAUUCAACGGGAUAUAACGGCAUUUAUCCGCUGACCGACUGACAGGAGAGUCUAUAGACCCCGGCUUCAUUCCUGCAGUGGGGGGAAUAUUUCUUACUCAGAUGUAACAACAACAACAACAAAAAAGACGUACCGGAUCGUCAAGUGCGCAAAAGCCGCAGCUUGAAACAUUACGCACAGAUAAUUCUGUUUAUUUAUAUAUUGUUUCUAUUCCCUCCAUCCCCCUGCUCGGACAAACCGGGGACCGGAGGUGGGGGGGACUUCCACGGCAUGGAGUCCUGAUUUUACCAAGCGACCCACCGGGAGGAAUGAAACUGAGAAAAUCCGUCACCGUGGUGGAAUAUUAAUAACCUAAUCCUAACAAUAAUCCAGUGGAUGUUGGAGCAGAGUUUGGGACUCUAGAGAGCAUUCCAACUUUUUUUGGUCUCCGUUUUUAAUCUCUUUCCCUCUCAUCUUCUUCGCCUGUGGGACUUCUAUUUUCGUGACUGAUUUGCAGCACUUCACUUCUCUAUCAUGGACCGGUCGACGUCUUUGGAUAUAGAAGCGCUCAAGAUGACCCAGGAGCAGUACAUCCUUGCAGCGCAGCCCAACCCGCUCCACCAGCGGGGGGCGUCGGUGUGCGGCGCCCAGGUUUACCCAGCAGUGGGAAUCUACGGCUGGAGAAAGAGAUGCUUGUACUUUUUCAUCCUCCUGCUCCUCGUCACCAUGAUCGUCAACCUGGCGCUGACCAUCUGGAUCCUCAAAGUCAUGAACUUCACUCCGGAUGGAAUGGGAAAUCUGCGGGUGACUAAAGAAGGUGUCAGAUUGGAGGGAGUGUCUGAAUUUCUAUUGCCCCUUUACGUCAAAGAGAUCCAGUCUCGCAGGGACAGUCCAUUGAUCCUCCAGUCAGACAGAAAUGUGACUGUCAAUGCAAGGAAUGAUCAGGGACAACUGACCGGACAGCUAACCGUGGGUUCAGAAAUGGUCGAGGCUCAGUGUCAGAGGUUUGAGGUGAGGAGUACAGAUGGAGAGAGAGUUCUGUUCUCCGCAGACGAAGAGGAGAUCAGCAUCGGCACGGAGAAAUUGAGAGUCACAGGGAACGAAGGCGUGGUGUUCAGCCAUUCUGUUGAGACAUCACAUGUAAGGGCAGAACCCUUCCAGGACCUAAAGCUGGAGUCGCCGACUAGGACCCUGACCCUGGAGGCCCCCAGAGGGGUGGAGCUCAACGCUGGAGUGGGAGACUUCACGGCGUCCUGUAGGAAAGAUCUCCUCUUGCAGUCCUCAGAGGGGGAGAUCUUUCUAGACGCCAACACCAUCAGGCUGGGCAGCAUUCCCCUGGGCAGCGCUGUGGACCCCUUGGAGGGAGCGCCAGCAGGUACCACCUACACCAAACAGACUGUGUAUGAGCUUUGUGCCUGUGCUAACGGCAAGCUCUACCUGUCCCCGGCUGAGAAAGGCUCUACCUGCCAAACCACCAGUAACUUUUGUCUCUGGAGCUGAAAGUGGGAAGUCGACAGACAUCCGGGACAUCUGGACUAUUAGAGUUUGAAGCUAAUGCUAGCCAACUGACUCAAUCAACAUGGAUUAUGGCCUGGUGGGAAGCUAAUGCCAGCUAUCAGACCGAAUCAACAUGGAUUGUAGCAUGGCGAGUUAAGUUCAUGUCUGUUAACCAUUUGAAUUAUAUGGAUUACAGCUUGGCAGGAAGCUAAUGCUUGCUAACAGGCCAAAUUAACAUGGACUGUGGCUUGGUGUGAUGCUAAUGCCAGCUAAAGGACCGAAUCAACACAGACUAGAGCUUGGUGAGAAGCUAUCGCCAGCUCACCGACCAAAUUAAUAUGGAUUGGUCAGUUGCUAAUGCUAGUCAAGAGGAUGGAAGACUUGGUGGGAAGCAAAAGCCAAGGUUAGCUGGUGGGUGUGAUGCUAUGAUGCGACUCGGAUGGACAGUCUCACUCUGGGGCUCUCGUUGGCUGUCUUUGUCAUUGUUGAAUUGAAGCCAUGAAGGUUUCUGAAAGUCACAAGGAUUACAUUUGAGGUUUUUUGAGAACAGCAAACUCUCUUACAUUAAAAGUGAGUUGUGUGUUCACUGUAUGACCAAAACGUCCUGGAAUAAUGCGCCUGCUUUCGCUAGGAUAAACAGAUAUGAUGAUGGACUGCAAACACGCCAGCAGGAACAUGGACAAGGACUCAGUUGGCUAACAGACAUCAGUGUGGACCUUUGUUUAGCCCUGUGGGUAGCUAACAAAUAAAUCAGACAACGGUUUAGUCUAGUGGGAAGCUAAGGCUAGCUAACGGACCAAUCUAUACCAGAAAGGCCUUCCCCCUCCUCCCCCUCUAGUCUUUCAGCCCAAACGUUGAUGUGUGACCCUUCUGCAUUAAUCUGCACCUGAUAGUGAAUAUGCUCUCCGUCACCACUUUUCAUAGGGUAACUAAUGCAAAUAAUUGUGCUUCAACCUUGCAUUCACCAGCUUUCCCACCCCCCAUAUAUUUUGAAUUUUUUAACAUCUACUUUUAUUAUCUUCUAUUUUUAUUUUCUUCAGAUGAAAUCGUUUACAUAUUUACCUCUUCUUCUCUUAUCCUGUUGUUUCUCCCCUCAACAUCCUUGUAAUCCUUUAUCUCUCCAUAUUUUGCUGCUGCUCCUCUUUAUCCGUCCUCCAUGCUCUAGUUAUUUUUGUUCUGUCUAUGCACCUUUGUACAUGCACUGGACUGGUAAAGAAAACAUCAUUCUGCCUAUCCACUCUCUUCCAAUGGUCUGGUUAAAAAACAGAAAACGUUGUUCUAUCUGCUCUAUUCCGCUGGACUGGUUAGAAAAAAAAACAUUUUUAUUUACCAUCAGACGCAGGGUUUGUCCCCCUCACAGUCUUUCCCCCACUUCUUUUGGCUUCCAUCCUCUGGAGUCACUCUAUCUGGGCAUAUGAAAUAUGGAAUAAGAAAAAGAAGAAAAAAAGUGAGUUAAGUCUUACGUUAAAUUGAGGCUCAGGUAGGUGCUUUAGCAGACUGACCAUUUCAUGGUAUGGCGCCAAACUUCCAGUCGGGCAACAGCCAGACUCAUUCUGGUCCUGUAAUGGAGCAUUAUAUAUCUUCAUCCGGCGUUUCUUGUCUGUCAGACUUUUUUCACUCUUUUUGCAUGACCUUUCUGCUCUUCUUGCCAAGUCUUCUCCUCCCUCUCAGUCAUGUCAGUUUUCUCUGUCAUUGAGAAAUGUUUCUGCUCUGUGCUUGCACUUUUUUUCCUCCUCAUUACCUAUUUUAUUUCCAGCAUUUAAAGUUCUGAAUCUUAUCUUAUUAUCUAGUCUUCUGUCCCUUUCCCCAUCACUUAUCAGUUGAUGUUAUCUCUGCAUCUUAUUUGUUAUUUCUUCACUCCUUAUUGUCCUUUGGCCAUCCAAAACUCAAAUAUCAGGAAAUAUGUCACAUCACUCUCACACUAUAUCCCUUUUCAAAAGUUCUGCAGCCUAAGCAAGAAAAAGUCAAGAUGGUCCAGAAUAUUAUUUGGGGGGUUAUUUUUGAUAUAUUCAGUCAGUCUCAGAUGGGGGGAUCAGUGUGAAUGGCCUCGAGCUGGCUAACCUAGCGCCCAACUUCUGCGAUGGCUGGAAAUCAGCAUAUUUGUGUUGCAGAAAUCCCCCUGGAAGAAAUUGUUGAUGGAUUUGGUUGUAUGUGGAUGAUCUCAACUGGAUUAAGGCCCUGAGGCGUACUUUCUUUUUUUUUCUAAAACAAAGUGAUACACAGGUGCCUUUGCUGCUGUUGGUAAAAGCACAUCACAGUCUGAACGUUCACACUACCCUCAGUGGACCAUCUGCAAGUGUCUCUGGAAAAACUAUAUAUUUAUCAGUCUACCUAUCUAUCUAUUUAGUUUUCUGUCUUUUUCCUCCCCUUCUCUCCUGGUUUUGUAGAACUCUCAGUAUAUCCAGCUGAAAAAAAGAACAAUUCAAUCCUGGUUUAAAGUUUAAUUUUCUGAUGUGUUCCCUUAUGGUUUUAUUCUUGAUAAUAAAAAAAGCACAAAUUAUGCCAUGUAUAUAACAAUACCAAUAAAAUACAAAAUAAAAUAAUAUUGUUUUUAAGAGAA